UUCGUUAUAGUGAAUCGACUAUGAUGAGAAAUAGUACUAUACAAUAAAACAUCCAUGGUAUAUCAAAUUAGAUGAAAAAUCAUUCACUUUUUUUGUUGUUGAAUAUUAACGCUAUUUACAGUCUAUGAAUUUGAACAUUGCCAAAAGUGUGACAUAUAUGACAACAAUUUAACACAUAUUUACUCUUUACCAACAGGUGAUCAAGUUCCCGGAAACCAUGGAAGAAGUCAGAACGGCACAGGUCGAUUUUUUUAACCUCGCUGAAAUGCCCAACGUUGUCGGGGCCGUCGACGGGACUCACGUUGAACUGCAUGGGGCUCCCCUCGACGACGAGUACAUCUAUACGAAUCGGAAGGGCAAGCACUCCAUAAACGUCCAGCUUAUUUGUAAUGCGAGGUACAAGAUUACAAACGUGUGUGCAAGAUGGCCUGGGAGCACUCACGACAGCCGAGUAUUGAGGAACAGUCGCAUUGGAGAGCGUUUCGCAGACGGAGAGCUACCUGGCAUCUUGGUUGGAGAUUCCGGCUACCCCCUCCAGCCUUGGCUAAUCACCCCACUACGGGACCCACAAGGCAAUGCUGAAAGAAAUUACAACAGGGCACACUGCAGAACACGUGUCACCAUAGAACAAUUGAAUGGGCAAUUGAAAAACAAAUUCAGGUGCCUGAUGGGACAAGGGAUCCAGAUGUCUGCACCAAGAGCAUGCGACAUCAUAAUUGCCUGUGCCGUGCUCUUUAACAUCGCCAAAGACCUUAAAGAACCGGAACAAGCCAUCGAAGUGGAACCGGAUGAAGUGCCACACCACCCCGCAGAUCAGAACCAACUGACUGGCAUUGCUCUUCGAGCAGAACUCAUCAAUAAUUACUUUUCAUAAAUGUCAUAACUUGUUUGCAAGCACUAUACAGUAUAUUUAAAUGUGAAUGCAUAGCUUUAAUGCUGUAUUUUAUAACAACAAAAUACAGUGAUCAUAGUUUUCUGACCUCCUAACUAAUUUUAGUUGGUUAAGAAACAAGGUUCUGUCAGGUUAAAGAUUGACUUGUACCUAACUGAUCUAUGGAAUUUGCAAAACAGUGCAAUUUACCAUCUUCCCUUAAAGGUGGAGUAGACAUUUAAAGGCUGAAAAUAUAAACAUGUGUAAAUCUGAGAGUAAUCAAAUGAUAAAACCAUCUAAAAGUUCCUCUUAAAAAUAUCGGAACUUGGAAUUGUCUUUGUGGAAGUGUUUCUACUUAGGUUCUAAUAUUUCAGAUACUUGUACUGCACAGUGGUAUGUUUUGUGCCAAGUAAAGACUGAUUCAUUUUCAGUUUGGUUAUUGCAAGAGGUGGAAUUACGAUGUGCACAUAUUCAAAUGUACUCUUCACAUGUAUUGUUAACUUUGAAAAAGAAUUGAAUCAUGCACUCAACGGAAUCUGACAAUAAAGUCUUAAAAAUUACCAA